UGCGCCGCCUCCGCAGUUCCGCCUCCACCCUCGUUCGGGAAGCUGACGGGUGUCGCCGACAGGCUUCUACGGGAGCUGGAGCUGUCGCGGCUUGACGGUAUUGGGGUGCAAAGAAUGGCGCACGAGCCGGGAGAAUCGCUGCUUACCCCUUCAGGAGGCGCGUGAGCAGAGGAAGCGCAGACGGCAUGUUAUCCCUCGGCGAAUGGCUACUGUUCCUCUUCCUGUGGAGGCCGCUGCUUUCCGCAGUUGGCGAAGGAUUUUCUCUCUCCCUACCAGCACCCCAGAAUUUGACAAUUAAAUCAUAUAAUUUUCAGAAUGUAUUGAGCUGGUCUCCAGUUAAGGGAAUCAAUGGCCCAGUGUUUUACAGGGUUCAGCGUUGCUUACCUUCUGACCGAACAUGGGAAAAAGUGAACUGCAGAGAUAUCACAAAACCUGAAUGUGAUUUUGAGUCUAUCAAGAAUUCUCUUAGAAUUAUUUUGCGGGUUAGAGCUGAAGAAGGCAACUUAAAAUCUGAAUGGAGUGAAACAGAUUCCUUUGUUGCUCAAAAAGAUACCAUUAUAGGACCGCCGAGAAAAAUAAAUGUAACCUCAGAAGCUAACACAAUUCUUAUAAGUUUCUUGCCUCCCUUUGAGAAAAGAAGUAAUUUCUCUUCAUUUGACUAUACAAUCUAUUGGGAGAAUUCAGAAAAUAAAGCACAAACCAUGAAUACUGUACACAAAUUUAAGGAUCUAAAAGAACGAACUACAUAUUGCUUUAGGAUACAAGCAAAACUGCAUGGACUCGAAGGAGAAAAAAGUGGUAUUCAUUGUGCAAAGACUACAAUCACAGACGGAACAAGAAUCCUCCACUGCAUAUUGAUAUUUAUAUUUGUGUUUUUAAUGCUAGCUUUGGUAUUUUUGCUUUUAAUGAUUAUUCGGAAAUAUCAGAAUAUAAUUAAGUCCUUUUGGCAACCUCCUCUAACAAUACCAACACACUAUACAGAGGACCUUAAUGACCCCGAAAUGAUUACAAUUGAAGAAUUUCACAACUCUGCAGCAGAAGACCCUUGUGAAAUUAUUUCAGUUACCUCCAAAGCAGAAGAUGAUACGAUUCUGACAAGUUUUGCCAGUGAACAUAGUUGAUACAUAAUAUGAUGAAAAAUAUUUUAACAUCAUUUACACUUUAUCCAUUACCAUCAAAUUAUUUUAUCUGUUUGUUCAAGAUCACCCAAUUUCUAAGGAAGUUCCACUCAUCCAUCUGCAUAGCACUGUGAAUUAAAAAACUGAUUUUCAUAGCAUGGGGUUUUUCAUUUGGAAGAAAGUCCUAAUAUUUUAAUAGGUUUUGUCAUGUUUAGAAUUUUAGUGUGAAUGUUAGAACACAAAUCCUAUUGCCUCAUACAUAUAUAUUUUUCUAAUGAUUAGUUUUGUCCGCUCCAGAACAAUGAUAGUUUACACCAUUACCUCAUUAAAUUAUUUUGCAAUAGACUAAGAUAAGUUGAUUUGACAUGAAAUUAGGUAGUGAAAUCAUUUGAAAUUUCAAUGCUGUUAAAUAUAUCAGAGAUACAUAAUACUUUUGACCUGGUUUUAAUUUACAAGCUUGAUGUUUACAUUAUUAAACUUCUUAAUUUGGAGCAAUCUUAAGAAUGUAAAAUUGAAUACCGUCAACUGCAGCUGGUGAAUGGAAUAAUGUGUUUCGAAUAAGUUUGUGCUCUUGAACAGGAUGGAAUCAGAAGAACUUCCUUGCAUGAUGGACUUAAGGUCCUACUAGUUACGUCUGGUGGAUCAGCUGCAGCCUGUUUAUUAAUUGGGAUCUUGCUUCCAACAUUCAUGGGACAGCAACAACUUAAAUUAUUGUAAUUUUCUGUGACUUGGGCUGUGUGACUAUUUUACUUCCUGUUAACUUUAACAGACCAGACUAUGAUCCAGUUGUUUUUUUU